UGUGAAUGACACAGCAAUUUGGAGGAUGGAGGUUGAUAAUUCAACACCCAUGGAUGAGAUGACUGCAGCGAGUCCCCGACCUUUGCUGAGAAGAUUCUAUGAUUUACAAGCUGAGCGAGUCCAGACAUAUCUACUAUUUGAUGAGGGUUUCCAAGCGUAUUUGAAGGGAGCCCCCAAUUACAACUUCAACAUGUACCGGCAGCUGGUCCAUGAGAUCACGGAGACCUUCCAGAAGAUCUCUCAGGAUGUGAUCGGGGUGAAGGACAGGUUGGCGAAUGUUUGUAACCUGAACCAGAUUGCAAACAUCCUGGACCAGGUGCAAGAUGAGGAGAGGAACAAGCUGGAACUGACGGCUAGUCUCCAGAUUGCCCAGCAGAACGCUGUGGACCAUCCCACCGAUGAAUGCUACAAGGCAGAAGUAGUGGAGCUGAAACUGAAGUGCAGCGUGAUGUCACAGACAGCAGACAGCAGACAUAUGUACUGGCCACACUGGUGCAGCGUGAUGUGACAGACAGCAGACGUAUGUACUGGCCACACUGGUGCAGCGUGAUGUCACAGACAGCAGACAGCAGACAUAUGUACUGGCCACACUGGUGCAGCGUGAUGUCACAGACAGCAGACGUAUGUACUGGCCACACUGGUGCAGUGUGAUGUCACAGACAGCAGACAGCAGACGUAUGUACAGGCCACACUGUCGCAGCGUGAUGUCACAGACAGCAGACAGCAGACGUAUGUACUGGCCACACUGGUGCAGCGUGAUGUCACAGACAGCAGACAGCAGACAUAUGUACUGGCCACACUGGUGCAGCGUGAUGUGACAGACAGCAGACGUAUGUACUGGCCACACUGGUGCAGCGUGAUGUGACAGACAGCAGACAGCAGACGUAUGUACUGGCCACACAGGUGCAGCAUGAUGUCACAGACAGCAGACGUAUGUACUGGCCACACAGGUACAGCGUGAUGUCACAGACAGCAGACGUAUGUACUGGCCACACAGGUACAGCGUGAUGUCACAGACAGCAGACGUAUGUACUGGCCACACAGGUGCAGCGUGAUGUCACAGACAGCAGACGUAUGUACUGGCCACACAGGUGCAGCGUGAUGUCACAGACAGCAGACGUAUGUACUGGCCACACUGGUGCAGCGUGAUGUCACAGACAGCAGACGUAUGUACUGGCCACACUGGUGCAGCGUGAUGUCACAGACAGCAGACGUAUGUACUGGCCACACUGGUGCAGCGUGAUGUCCCAGACAGCAGACGUAUGUACUGGCCACACAGGUGCAGCGUGAUGUCCCAGACAGCAGACGUAUGUACUGGCCACACAGGUGCAGCGUGAUGUCACAGACAGCAGACGUAUGUACUGGCCACACUGGUGCAGCGUGAUGUCACAGACAGCAGACGUAUGUACUGGCCACACUGGUGCAGCGUAAUGUCACAGACAGCAGACGUAUGUACUGGCCACACAGGUGCAGCAUGACGUCACAGACAGCAGACGUAUGUACUGGCCACACUGGUGCAGCGUGAUGUCACAGACAGCAGACGUAUGUACUGGACACACAGGUGCAGCGUGAUGUCCCAGACAGCAGACGUAUGUACUGGACACACAGGUGCAGCGUGAUGUCCCAGACAGCAGACGUAUGUACAGACCACACUGGUGCAGUGUGAUGUCACAGACAGUAGACGUAUGUACUGGCCACACUGGUGCAGUGUGAUGUCACCCAAAGCAGACUAUGUACAGGCCACACUUGUGCAGUAUGAUGUCACUCAAAGCAGACUAUGUACUGGACACACUGGUGCAGCAUGUCACAGACAGCAGACGAAUGUACUGGCUACAGUCACGGACAGCAGGGCAAGUAACCAUUCGUUCUCACUUUCGGUCAUGUGGUUUGUGUAAUAUUCAAAAGUUUUACUUCUCAUUUUUCUUCCAGAGUGAGUGAAAGGAUACAGAAUAUCAAUGAGUACUUAGAGGAACUCAAGUACGAGUCGGAGAAUCUCUACACAGACGAGGAGGAGGAGAGGUAGCGUGGAGAGUCCAAGCCUGGAAGGAAGGAAGGGAUGAAUGAGGGAAGAACUCAUGCAGCGAAGCACUGGAUGCAGUUGUGGCUGACAAUGCUGUUGCACAUGGUGCUAAAGUGUUGAUGUUACAGAACAUUCCCCUGGAGACUUUGUUGUUCAUGGUAUCAAGGCAGACUAACACACUCGGUUCACUGGCACACGUCUGUGUUUGAGUGGAGGAAAACAUGAUCCCAUGUGAGAGCUGUCGUGUUCUGGACUUGUACAUUGUGUUGGUGCUAUAUCAAGGUCCGACUACUGACAUAAUGAUAUUCUGUGGGUCCACAUUCACACAGAUAUUAUUUCAGUACACCAAGAAGGGGAUCAAAACACAUACAUGUGUACCAGCAAAUACAGAAACAGGUUAUGAUUUCAUGCAAGAUCAUCAAGCUGAACAUUUAAUUAGCAAAAUGUCAUAACUGUUUUACAUAUUAGCUAAUACAACAAAUACUACUCUU